CUUAAAUACUACGGGCCCUAUCCUUUUUUUUUCUUUUUUUUCUUUAGACGAUAUUAUAUACUCCAUUGGGUGGUAAACUUGGUUUAUAUAUAUUCAUUUUAAAAAAAGAAUUUGUCAUAAAAAAAUGUCCAACAACAGUAAAUCCAACAACAGCAACUCAAGUAAUGAUUCUCUUGCAGAAUUAUUAUCUUUGCCAGUUAAUUUCACUGUUGAACCUCUACUUGCAACCCCUGUUGCUACUCCAACAUUGUCUCCUACCAUGGCUCAAAAGAGACCUGCUUCUCUUGAAAAAGAUGAAACUGUGUCCCCAAGAAACCAAAAGACAAAAGAAAGAAUCCUUCGUAAUCGUGCUGCUGCUCAAGAAUCUCGCGAUAAAAAGCGUAGAUAUGUGUUCGACCUUGAAAGCAACAACAAAAAACUUACUGAAGAAAAUCAAAAACUGACUGACCGAGUCAAAAGUUUGGAAGAUCAAAAUGCCGUUAUUAGUUCACAAUUAGAAGCAUUCACAAGACAACUAGCUACAUUACAAGCACAAAUCAAAUUCAAUGCUGUUCAUCCCAUCUUGUUUAAUGACUUUUGCGAUUCAGCACGGAUCGCGAAGAAGGAAUGCCUUGAAGUUUGCUAGUCCCGUUAUGAUGAAUCUUAUAUCGCCUCACUUUUUAAGACCAAGUUUACCACCCAAAUCUACUUUCAUCAUGACCUACAUAUACUAUCAAUGUUUUCUCCUUUUCCCUGCAGCGGAGGUUGUUGCUCAAGAUGAGAACGACAAGCAAAGAAGAGAUUAUUUAGUCCCCAAGUUACCAUCACCCAUGCUGUCACCUUCAUUUUCAUCAGAUGAAGAUUCUGUGUAUUCACCAAACACAAUAGUCAAUCAAGACUUUCAAUUGGACGAUCUAUUUGACUGGGAUGGCCAACAAGUUGCUCUUUAAUUACUAAUUCUCUUUUUUGUUUAUACUUCUAAUCACAUACACGGCAUUCAUUCUCUUUUUCUUUCUUUCUUUUUUCAUAUAGUCAUAUUUUUAUUAUUUAAAUAAACUAGACUUUCUUAGUCUGUAAACAAGUA